CCAACGCAACCUACCUAUCGCAUGUGUGUAUAUAAAUGGAAGCGGUAUGGUGCACUUAGUUCAGAGUACCACCAUCGUACUACUAGCUAGUUAGUGGGAAGUGAGAAUCAAUAAUAGGCAUGAAAAGCUCGAUGAUGUUCCUCUUCCUUCUCCUAGGGAUUUGUCUCCUACAUGGGAAUGGAGUUGCGGCACAACAACACGCGGAGCUUUGCGCAUUUGCCCGCAUCCCUACCAUAGACGUCGACCCCCAGUACGAAUGUUUGAGAGACUACUGCAACCAUGCAUGCCAAUUGAAGUAUGGAAAAUCUGUUCUGGGUUGGUGUGAUUAUCAAAUCUUCUGUACGUGUUUCAAGGCUUGUAAGAAACAUUAACCAAACUUGCGUUACGAUCGAGAGAGAUUUCCUACUUCCUAGUGGCCGUAGCUGGAAAUAAAGAUCUAAUUCCGUUUUGUAAGAAUAUAGCUAGCUAGGCGUUCCAAUAAAAGCAUAUAUAAAAUAGAAGUGAAGUAGUCU